AUAACAGGAUUCAAAGUACUUGCCGGCGCACCAACCAUUGGUCGAACACCACCCUUAUCUGGGCCCCAAUCUUAUUUAAAGCCCGCGUUUCACAAUUUUUCUUCACAAAACCUCUUCUGCAACUCGUAAGUGCGUUUAUUGAAGAGAUCAGAAUGAAGCUGCUUCUUUGCUUAUUUGGAGUGGCUUUGAUGUGCUUUGAUACGGUUAAGGGAAUAACUUUGGGUGUAUGCUCGGGCGGCGGGCCGUGUGAGACAGCAGACUUCAAGGCCGUUGGCUGCUUUGAAGAUCAAUUCAUUAAUCGUUCCCUUCCCAACUACAUCUACAACGAACGUGAUCCUACUCACCCUACUUAUGGAAAUAGGAGUAUCGAGUGGUACAACUGGAAUAACUGGUUACCGGGAUUUGCUUGCCGAUGCGCUGCCAAGGCCAAGGAGCUGGGUUAUGAUGUGUUUGGCGUCCAGUUCUGGGGGGAAUGUUGGGCAGGUCACAAGUCACAGCACAACGCAAAGAAACAUGGCUCAUCCGACCAAUGCUACGGCUACUCCUAUCAAUCAUGCGCUCCCAACGAGCGCUUUUGUGCCGGCCGAAACCUUACCAAUUUUGUCUUUGAAAUUGUGGAUUUGAGCUGCUCCGUAGCAUUCGAGAAGGUUGGGUGCUUCAGGGACCACCACCACGAAGGCGCUCGUCCUCUUGCCAAUUACGUCAUCAGUGACAGGGAUGACUCUGUAUCGUCGUGGAGUGGCUCUUCCAUCGACUGGAUCAACUGGGACACCUAUAUGCCUAAGUUCGCUUGUCGAUGCGCCGAAAAGGCCCAAGAGCUUGGUAAUACUUUCUUUGGCACCCAGUUCUAUGGCGAAUGUUGGACCAGUCGCGACGGCCCGAACACAUUUGGCCGCGAUGGAAGGGGAACGGAAUGUACCAACAGGUGCUACGAAGACUGCAGAUUCGAGGACCACUGCAUGGGCAAGCAAUACCACAACUAUGUCUACAGGCUUGCGGGCCAGUGUGAGGUGCACAUCACGGAGUCGGAAUGCCAAGUAGAAAACCCUUCGAACCGCGCCUUCAAUGAGCUCAUCUACUCAGCAACAGACCCUCUCAACAGCAAAUUUUACGGCGUCCUCUACGACUCGUCCAGCUGGGAUACAUUCUUCCCAACAUUCCUUUGCCGAUGUGCUCGUAUCGCAAAGGCUACUGGUCACACCAAGAUUGGUGUUACCAAUUAUGGUGACUGUUACGCCGGAGGAUCCCUGGAUCACGGAGACUCCAGCAACUGUCGCCAAGGAGACGAUUCCACGAGUUGCACUAGCGGGGCGAAGAAAUGCGCGGGCAAGGACGCGACAUCCGUCUUCGUAUAUACUGUCGCUUAAACACCAAGCAGAACUCCAGGACACCACUUGUGGAUCUAAACGUUACGAUAAAGAGAGACUUGUUAAUUAUUGCUUAACUCGCUGUAAAACUGUACUAUGACGGGUUUGUCACAAACAGAACGCUGAACACGAAGUUUAUAGCCAUCAUAACCUGUUGUACUAGAAAUGAUAACUUGACUUCAGGCUCAAUCCAAGUGUGCAAACUCUUUAAAAACUUUAAACAUUAUUAAGUUAUAAAGUAUGAUUUAUUAUUAAGAAAUAAAAGUGAUGCGACCACAA